AUGGAUCCGGACCACAAUUCAGAACAAAGCACGAUUGGUAAGUCUGUUGACCUUCGGGAGUCGGAGUCCACUGAAGAAAAUCCCCAUCCUGAUUCGUUAGCUGCAGCCACUGUCAUUUCUACAAGAGGCAGGCCACAAGACCGACCCAGACCCCAGAAAGGGUUUAUCAAAGACGCAUUACCCCCUUCCGAACAUGGCACUAUCAAGCUACAUACCGAAGCGAUGCAUUGGCCAAGAAACAACAGAAGGCUAUUCAAAGCCACACGGUACGAACUCGAUGGUGUGGACCAGUCUGCUGCGUCAGAUAGCGCUAUACAAAGAGCCUGCUCAGACCUCGACUCGAAAGUCAGUACAUACACCGGACUUGCCCAUGACGGAUUGGCAUUCACCAAUAAUAAUUUCGACUUGGCUAAACAAUACUUCCACGGAACUAUCCAAUCUGCCGUACAAAGUGUCAAAGAGCAAUUCCCUACAGUCAGUAUAGAAUCGACAUUCACUACUCGUGUAAUCGAUGAUCGUGAGCACGCCCGGGUUGCACGGAGAUCGACAGCUGCUCGAAGUCGGCCGCCUAGACGAGCUUCGAGAAGUUUCACUGAAGCCACACCACUGGGAAUUGCAGGUCAAGUUUUCAUCGAGUCACUAGACCCUAGGUCCACCCACACCAUCCACUACAUGCGUUCACAAAGGGGUUUGAACCUUCUCAAUCGGGACGCAUCCAGCCAACAAGGUCACGACAGUGGUAGCUAUCACGAGCCGGAGUCCGAGGAUUCCCUUCGAGAUCUUCGGGUGAUUCGGCCAAUAAGAUCUUCCCGAGGAUUGAGAGAUAUAUUUCUCAUGAUGACUGCUCUGAGCUCAGACGAUGAGCAGACUGAUGAGGUCCAUAUGACCUGA